AUGCACUUUAUUCUCACAGCAUUGGCCUUGUCCGCCUACCUCGUCGCGUCGCUCGUCCAGGCCGAGCCCAGCACCAUCCAGCUGGCCUGCCAGAGCGCCGAUAAUGCCCAUUGCAUGUAUUCUCCAACCGCUGCUCAGCGUAUGGAGGACCCUACGAUGUCCACGACGACUGGCUCUGUCCUUCACACCGAGAGGGACGGUAAAGGUGUCAUCACCUAUCUAAUGAUGGACGGAACGACGGGCAGCAUGCUCAUCUUCUGCAACGACGGCGGCAGCAACCGCUUCAACUUCAGUUGGGCCCACGGCGCAAGCUCCAUCGUGGGUGACCCGUACGUGCAUGGCAACGCCAAGGUGUACUUCAACGACAUGCCCAGUCGCCUGGCCGGUACGGGAGAGACCAUCGCUAGCUCCGCGGCUGGGAUUGACGCUACGGUCACGUGCCCUCACUAG